AUGGGUCAGGGUGAGAUGCUAAUGCAGAAUAUACGGGUUAUGGCUGACGCUUGUAGGAAGUUAAAGGUUCAUGAGAGGAAUUAUCCUACGCAUGAUCUGGAGUUAGGCGUCAUUGGGAGGUGGCUCAAAUUUCUGAAAGACUCUGAUUUUGGUUUGAGUUAUCAUCCUGGUAAAUCCAAUGUUGUAAUUGAUGCUUUGAGUAGGAAGUCGUUGCAUAUGUCGAUGCUUAUGGUUGGAGAGUUGGAGAUGAUUGAACAAUUCCGAGAUUUGAGUUUAGUAUGUGAAAUGACUCGUAACAGUGUGAAGUUGGGCAUAUUGAAGAUGACCAGUGGUAUUCUUGAAGAGAUCAGAGAAGAUGUGUCCAAACUUAAGAAGAGUAUUCUUAAGGAAGGUCACAGGAGUGGAUUGAGUAUUCAUCUCGGUGCUACUAAAAUGUAUCAAGACAUGAAAAAGUUGUUUUGGUGGCCAAGAAUGAAGAAGGAGACUGUUGAGUUUGCGUUGACUAAAUUGGCUCACUUCAUUCUGAUUCAACUUAACUAUCCAUUGGAGAGACUAAUAGAGCUUUAUAUUGAGAAGAUUGUUAGUUUACAUGGUAUUCCAUUAAGUAUUAUAUCUGACAGAGAUCUGAGGUUUACGUCGAGGUUCUGGGAGAGUUUGCAGAAAGCUUUGGGUAUGAAGCUACGUUUGAGGUUUGCAUAUCACCCGCACAUAGAUGAUCAUAUAAAGAGGAUUAUCCAAUCCUUAAAAGACUUAUUGAGGGAUUGCGUGCUAGAACAAGGAGGUUCUUGGGAUAACUUUUUACCAUUGACCGAGUUUACCUACAACAACAGUUUCUAUUCGAGUAUUGGAAUGGUACCAUUUGAGGCGUUGUGUGGUAAAAGGUGUACGACAUCUUUAUGUUGGUAUGAGUCAGGAGAGGGUGUUGUGAUUGGACUAGAGAUUGUUAACAGACCAUAG